AUGGCCUUAUCCUCAAACUAUAAUAUUCCAAAAUCAAACAAUCUUGUGAAUAACAGCAACCACAGCUAGAGGCUUUAAAACACCCAAUUAUUCCAAUUUAACAUUGAAUAAUAACCGAUUACUCAUUAAUAGCCUAUUCAAACAAGAUAUAGUAAGACCAAUAGAGAAAAAGAGAGACUAAGCAUGUAAUAGCCAGAAGAAUCAUAUCAAGCCUCGCUCCAUUUGAUGGACCUCUCUUUACCUAAAAUAGUCAGCAAGAAUACUCGUAAUGGACAAAUAUCUGGAAAUACCCUCACUAAUGUCGUUAUUAGAAGAAAGAAUAGAGCAAUGAAUCUAUCAAUGUGUGACAGUGCUACUUCAACACAGAAUGAAAACUAGACUGACUGCAUAGAUAAGCAAAUUUUAAACAAUCCUCUCCUAACUUAUAACUAGAUACAAAGAUAGGUGCAGAACACUCUCUACACAAAUCCAAAUCUAGAGCAAUAAUAAAGCAACUCAGGAGUUUAGAGAAGAAAUAGUAUUGAAAACAGAUCCAAAAGUGUUAAAAGAGUAUAGGUUUAAUUCAGAAAUAAAGUCAUUUUAAUUCAAUAACCUAAGGGCUCAGAAAGUGUUCUCUCUAAAUUUUCAGUCAAUAAGGAAAACUCCAACAGAUCGAUUUCAGCUAAGAGAAAAUUAUCAAAUCCUUAAAAUCUAGGAAGUAAAAAUUAAUACAAAAGCCUUAGUAAUGAUUACGCUUAUGCAAGCUUGACUUAACUACCUCAAAAUCAUUCUUUUUCAACAAAUAAAUUUGGUUCAAAUAAAGAUCUCGAAAUAAUUAAAGUUGAUAAUCAAAUUGCAAGCAUUAUCAAAGACUAUUAAGAUGAAACAUUGAUUGAAAUUGAGAGUAAAAGAAUCAAUAACAGAGCUUAAAAUCCAAAUAAAGUUGCAUUUAGAAGAUUUGAAAUAAAUAAGCUAUAGAGGGAUUAAUAGAAUUUGAAGAGAAAUUAGAACAGAGAUCUUCAUUUUUAUGAGGGGAUUCAUCAUGGAUCAGUAGUGCUAGAAAGAAUUAAGAUUCCCUAAAGUAAAGAUUUUAAUUGCAAUCCUAUGAUUACUGAAGAUAUGACUGAUAGUUUAGAAUAAACUAAGACUAUUUCUCAGAUCUUGAUAUAAUCUCGUAAACUCUAGCCAAUUAUGGUUUAAGAUUUUAGUUCAUAUAUGGAUUAUUGA